CAAAGCAGCAACUUUUCUUUCGCAGCCAUUACCGCACUUGUAGCUGCUCCGUUUUAUCUGCACCAUCUGCCACAAUGUUCGCGCUCGCCUCGUCCCGCGCCGUCGCGUGCGCGCCCGCCGCCGUCGCGCGGGCGUCGCUACAAGCCGCUCGGCCCGCCGGCCGCGUCUCGUUCGCGGCUGUUCGGCCGGUCGCUCCCUGCGCGCUGCGGUCAGACCUCGUGGCUGCUCGCCCCGCCGUCUCUUCCCUCUCGUGCUCGCUCGCAGGCCUGCGCCUCUCCCCAGAGAGCUCUGGGCGCCUGGUGUUCCCUGUCUCUAGGGGCUCUCGGCUGGUGGUGCGGGCAGGGGGCACCAGCAUUGGCUGCACCAAGCGCCAUGCGUCUCGCAAAAAGCGUGCCCGGGUGUCAGGCUACCGUGCCCGCAUUGCUACCAAGGAUGGGCUGAAUGUGCUGAAGCGCCGCCGGGCCCGUGGCCGGAAGGUGCUUGUGCCCCAGUCGUCGUCGCGUUCAGGCAAGAAGGCUUAGGGGGAGUGACUGACUAGCAUUUCACUUGGGAGUGUGUGAGUCUUGGCUGGCUGUAGCAACACCUAUUGCUUGAUGUGUGCUUUUAUAAAAAAAAUUAUUGGAAGUUAUACGCGUAAUUGACGUAGCAAUGUUUGAGCAACAAAAAACACAUGUAGAACUAUUGAGGAGCUAUGUUUUCGAUUUGGACUUAUUU